CCACAUAUUCAGUUUGUAUCGAUUCAUAUUUUGCACGAAUUAAGCCCAAUGUCUCAUUAAGAUGGCCUUCAACAAUUUGCUAAAGACGUCCACUUGUUUCGAGUGAAAUAUCGAGCUAGUUUUGUUCUCUUGCAUGGAGUUAGCGUGGACGCCUCCUCAGCCAUCGUCUUCUAUAUGUAACGUUAGAGGUUGCCUGAACAGAAUAUGUCAGUAAUAAAGAAUAUGUCACAACUUAUCGGCAACCAUAAUGACCUCGUAAAACACGACGUAUGACUGUCUGGACGGUGUUUUUCUAAUAUAUGCCUGAAUAUGUUGUUUCCUGAAGAACAAGCCAGAAGAUCAAACGGAGCAUCCUCUCUAACAAGAUCAAGUCAUUCUUCUCGUAACCUGCAUGCUGUUAAGUCCAUGCUAUGUUGGCGAAAACAGAGGAAAGGAAGCAACACAAAGGUGAAGGAAAGAAGAGGAGACACCCUGGUGAAGAUGGAGGAGGAGGAGAGAGGAAGAGGAGGGGAGGUGAAGAAGGAGACGGUGGCAGGAAGCGCCUGGACCCCCUGAGUGUGGGCUAUUUCCGCCGAGUUGGGGAAAGACUCAGCGAAGGCUUUGAAGAAAAGGAGGAGAGAGAGAUGUUUGUGGAGAAUGUCCUCACAGAGGUGAAAGGUAAAGCGGCGAUCGUGGCGAUGGACCAGACGGGAAGCAUCACCCUGCAGCGGCUGCUCCCGCUGUGCAGUCCUGGCCAGGUGGCGGAGGUGCUGGCUGAACUGGGCGAUCCAGCGGGGUCCGAGUUUAAGGCCGUCUCUUGCGACCGGUGCGGCGGCCACGUGGUGGAGAGUGCAGUCAGACAGAUAUCCAGGUGGACGGAAUCAUCACAAAAGGAGACAACAGCAGAAGAAGAAGACGAAAAGGAGAGCUGUGACUUGUUGGAGGCCCAGGUGUUGUCUUUGAGUCAGGUGGUGAGAGACAACAUCACAGAGUUCAUCAAACAUGUCCAUGGCUCACACGUGGUCCGCACACUUCUACAUGUGCUGGCAGGCUGUCUCGGACCACCCCGCACUGAGUCUCGUCCAGGUGCAAAGGACCGCAACAUUGCUCCUCAGCUGACAGACUUUGAGGUUCCCACGUCAUUUUGGUAUGAGCUGAAAAGCCUGACGGAGACCUUGAUGGACAACGUUAAUGUAAGUGUGACGGAUGCUGUUCCCAGUGCAGUGUUCCAGACCAUGUUGACUGUGUGCCACAGAAAUCGGCCUAAACUCUGCAAACAGCUCCUCAAACGCACCACGGAGUACCUGACAACUCGCAACGCCGCUCCAGGAGUGAGUCCCCUUCUAGUCUUUCUCAAGGACCCGGCCUCCAGUCGCCUCAUUGAGACGAUCAUACAGCUAUCCCACAAGUCGCUCCUCCGGGACCUCUACAAGAACCACCUCAAGGGUCAGCUGGUGGACUUAGCCCUCCAUUCCAUCGCCAACUUCCCCAUACAGAGGCUAACGGCAGCCUCGGCCAAAUACAAACUGUUCCUGGGGUUGUUUGAUGAGCUGAUCCAAGGUAUUGAGGCCAUCUUGGCCAAGGGUCACAUGGGUGUGAUUGUCCAACUGGCCGAGAGCUGUGCAGAAGGCGGAGAGAAACAGGACGAGUUGAUACAGUGCCUCCUCCGUGCGUUCCACUGUGCUGAGCCCGGCUCCCGACACGUCAGCUGCCUCCCUCUCUUCAUGUCCCUGCUCACCUACGAGGUGUAUUACCACUCUGACACAGCAGAGGGCAGCACACAGACGGAGGUACCGCUGUCCUCCAUCUGCUACCACGGAUCUCGGCUGGUCCAGGCGCUUUCCAAGUUCAAGGAGCGCUCACUCCUCCUUAGCAGCCUGCGCACUCUGACCCCUGCUGACCUUCUGACGCUGGCUUCUGACCCCUCGGGCAGCCACGUCCUCCAGGCCCUCAUCACCACAUCCAGCGACAAGGGGAGGGGCAAGAUCCUCAAGAGACUGGAGGGCCAGUAUGCUCCCAUGGCCUGCUCCAGGCUGGGUAGUCGGGUGCUGGAAGCCAUAUGGAACGGUGCUUCAGUCAGUCACAGGCAAAGCAUCGCACAGGAACUAGUGCUGAGUGAAAGCCAGCUGAGGUCACAUCAGUUUGCUCGCCAUGUGUGGGCCAAAUUUGCCCUCUCCCACUUCACCCACAGAAGAGCCCACUGGCAGGAAAUACAGAGCGGAGAGUCCAAAAAGAGGAAGCUCUUCAGUGACAUUAUUGCGUAAAAUAAAAUAUUUAUAUAAUGUGUUUUUGCUAUGUAAUUGGAUAAAGAAAGAAAUAAGAAAAAUAUGUCUUAUUUGUGUGCUAUUUAUUUACCUCCUCAAAAAGAGCACGGAUCCUCCUCAUUAGAAUAUCAUUAUUUCAUCACAUAAUUUUAGUUUUUCAAAUAAUCUCUGAUGUAAAUAAUUUUAACAGGUUAUGAGGAGCUGCUAAAGAUAAAUAGCAACUUAAUUGCACAACAUUAAUAUAGAAUAGCAUAUGUGCGAUUCAUCGGUUUCAUUUAGAUUUUGUCAACGUUAUGUAAAUGCUAUUGCACAAAAAAUGUAAAAAAUGUAAAAAAUAUUGCUGGAUUAUCAGAGUUGCACCAUGUUUUGGGAAUAUUGCCAUUUUCACACACUUUGCCAUAAAUGUUGUCGGAACACAAGCAAAACGGUGUACAACUAAUCUAAGUGAUUACAAGGUGUAAGCAGACGUCGUAUUUAUUCAUUACUGUCUCUUGAAAAUUGAGAGAAAGUGCAAAAUGUGUGGUUUUGGGGUCCCGGAAAGUCCCGUGAAGUACAUGCAUAUGGGCCGACAGAAAGUACUGAAGUAAAAGUUAUGUUACUUUACAUUUAAAUAUUCUCAAAAGUGCAAUUACACAAAAGAACAACUUCGUCCAGAAGUAAAUUUAAUUUGUUACUUCCACUCCUGGGUUUACAUAUUAUAUGGAUCAAAAUGUUUGAUGUAAUAUUAUUUCAAAAAGUUUCAGAUUUAAUUAUAGAAAAUAUGAUGAACUGAAAAUAUGUCUUUUGGCACAAAAGUAGCUGUGUCCACUACUAUGUGAUGUAAGGAGCAGCAUGGCCACUAGGGGGUGCUAGUGUAAUAUCUAUCCUCUGAGUUCUCCAGUAUUGCCCUGCUUUAAAUGAGUAGAGCAACACUAGCUCUAAUGUGUGAACCUAAAGUCACUUAAGAAAACACUGAAGAAGUUGAUGUUGCUGAAUAUUAAUAACAAAAGCAAAGCUGAGGCACUAUGCCUGUAAGGAUGCAUAUGUGAAAUUUGUAAUAGCGUUUUUUGUACAUGCAAAUACUAUACAUUUGGGGGGAAAUGUAUCGGUCUGAAGUAUAUCGGUCUUCUGUUCUCCUGGACGUUGUGCUUCCUCAUAAUUCCUUAACACAAACAAA